GCCGCAUGGCCUAGGGCUCCUUGUUAUUGUUCGCGAUAAAUUCAAAUUAAAAAAAUAAAUUGUCAAAAAAUUCUUCCAAACUGCGCGCGCGAUUGUAAUAAAAAAAAUAAACAUUUAAAAAUCGAACAAAGUGUGUGAAGUGCGAGUGUUGCAGAAUGAAACAGCAAACGUAGUUAAAAGUUUAUAUUUACGGAAGCAUGCGACAUUCGAUUAUCCUUAUUGUCGCUUGAGUCUGACACUCGGUUGUCGGUCGCCGUGCGUGUCGGUCGAAUGCGGUAGCGACAGCCAUGGAGAGCGGGGUGCACGCUGUCCCCCUGCGGGUGGGGAAGAAGAUGAGGAAGAGACGGGAGCUGGACGCCCUUGUGGGGGGCGGGGUGGCGAGAGGGGGAAGACUGCUGUCCGCCUCCAGCGAUGAGGGGGAACCCUGGGGGAGAAGGAGUACCAGGCGCCGCAGGUCCAGACCCUUCGUACGUCUCGCGGCGGUGCUAGCUUUGUGUGUGUGCGUGGUCUCCGCUGCGACUGUGUUGUGGCUCUUCGUGGACGUGCGACGGCAGAUCGUUUCGCUCCGGAUAGAGAUGGACAGAGUAUCAACGAGCAGUAACAGCGUGGGGGACGCGCUACAAAUAUGUCACACAGCAGCCAAGGAGCUGCGGGCGAACGCUACAGAGCUGAGCGCCAGGCUCUCUCAGCUGGAGUUAGACCACCAGGACCUGGUGAAACGGGUGGAGCAGACGGCCAGGGACCUGGCGUUGGUCUCCGGCCAGCUGUCCGCGGCGCCGAACCUAGCGGACACGCCGCGUCGGCUGGCGGAUUUGCAGCGGAUGGUCGCUGAUUUUGGGUCACAGAUCAAAGGAUUCGACAGCGCGCUCGCGUCAGCUAAAAAGCAGGCGGUAACCGCGGAGUCCGGGGUGGAGGAAAUCAAAACUCUACUUCACCAGCUGGAGACCAGAACGAACGAGACCAUCGCCAACCUGACAGCUACUGUCAAAGAGGAGGGCCAGCUGAAAGAACAGCUGGUGAAUCUAAAUACCACGUUAGUGGAGAGAGUGGGUGGAUUGCAGGAGAAGAUUAUUGAAAUGAAUAAAUCAACGUCAACGACCACUUCAACAACUACAACAACAAUACCACCCCCCGUACAAACACAGGCCAGCAAUGUCAGUGCAGCGCCUGGUCCAGCCAAACCAGCAGUAACUCAAUAGGCAAGAGAAAAAUCUGAAUUUGAAAAAAGAAUUGCUCACGAACCCAAAACCUUACGUCCAUUCGACAAAUACGGAUAUUACCCUCCAUAGAGUAACGCCUAAGGUAUUGUGGAGUAGGAUUAUUUUUAUUUCAUUCUAUUUUUUCUUUAAUUCUAUUUUUGCUAAAUCAUACAUUGCUGGCUGAAUAUUAUGUAUCAAUAUUGUUUUACUCUUUCUGUUCAAGCCAUAUGCACAGUGAUAAUAAUUUUUUGUGUCAACAAAAGCGAAAUUUAAAAUUCUUAAAAUAAUGCUGUGAAAGAAACUGCUGCUGUGAAAAAAACAAAUCAUUAAUUGCUACGUUUUACAUAGAAAAUAUUUUCAGAUUUACCUUAGUUCGAUAGAAAAACUUAACAAUCUUAUUGCGCAGGGUUUUUGAUGUAAAUUGGAAAUAUUUCUAAUAAUAAUUAUAAAUUAAAACAAAAUACCAAUAUUUUAAUAGCAUCUAAAAGUUUUUUAGUAACAAAACUGCUUGAAUAUUGAAAUCAAGUCCACAAAAAAAUCCUUUAAAAUGGAACCACAACGCCCCAAUAUUAAAAAGUUGUGAAUGACAACGAUUUUGUUUAAAAUAAAGGUUAUUGAGGCUAUUUUAAAGAUUUAUGUUAGUUCUAACAGUAUAGCCUUAAUAAUUAAGUUUGAAUGCUAAAAUCUUACCUAGAUUUAAUAUAUCCUUAAAAAAACUUGAUUUAGAUUUUAGAACAUUCUGUAUAAUAAUUUCACCUUUUGUUUAGGUUCCAUUUGUAUAUAAUUUAUUUUAAUCUGGCAACUAUUUGAAAUCAAGUGUGGCCAGGUUUAAAAAUGUCGAUUUUUUCUAGUUUUAGCAAGAGUAGUAGGACACGUGAUAAUAUUUUUAAGUGGUGUUUUACUCAUUGCGUAGUAUUUUGUUAGUUUAUUAGAUAUCCUAUUAGUUUUUCCUAGUUUAUUUAUUUUAUUUAUUAGAAAAAGUUUAGUUUAUCGAAUAGAAUAAUUAUAAUAUGAUGAGAAAUAACUUUAAAAAGUUAUCUGCCAAGAUAAAUGCCUUAAAAUUUUAUUAUAGUGUUGUUUGUUAGGAGCGGUUAGGUUAUUCGAAAUUUGAAUGACAGCAACAUUUUAAAUCAUAGUUUAGAAAUCCCAAUAUAAAAUUGUCAUACAAGCGUUUUGCUUUUACUGUACCAGAGUCCAAAAACAUGAUUGAAAAAAUAUAUUAACAAAUUUUUCGUGGAAUGUAAAUCAAAAAAAGUGUGUAAGGUCGUGUUUGUUCACUUUUUUUUUGUAUUUUCAAAUUUUUAUCGUGUUACGCGUUCCCCUCACUAAAUAGUGAUUGUUCGCACAAAAGAACACGGCCAGAACAAAUUCGAACACAAAUUUUAAUUCAAACCAUUAUAGUCAAAAUGAAAUUAGGUGUCCUCAGCGGUCAUUGACCUUUUUAGUCUAGGAGCUAAAUGAAAAAUG